AUGAUUGAUCUGUUCAAAACAUCGAGGAUCGCCUCUCUUAUCAUGAUUGACUGCGAAAUUCCUGCCAGCUUGGCCGAAUGGCUGGAGCGUGAAUUUGUCCCAACGCUGGACAAAUAUUAUAUUGGAUCUUCUCACAGCUUCAUCAAUUAUGGAGAUAACAAAAUCUUGACUGACGACUGGCUCACGGCACUGUUGCAGAAAAUGCAUGGCAGUGAAUCUGUCGAUAAAGACGACGAGUUCAUCAGUCUUGGCAUACCACAUCGAUUUUCCAAUCUUGGCUCCUAUGAGGACCAAGAUGAAAUAACCAAAAGAUAUAUUGCUCACCUCAUCAAAAUCCAGAAGAAUGCUUACUGAUCUUGCAAACCUAGAAACCGAAACAUUGGUUGCUGACAUCUUGCUAUUCACAAGCAGACUAUUAGUUUUCAGUAACUCCAUAAAAAGUGAUAUCAGUAGCCGAUUUUUGCUUUACUAUCUUUGCAGUGUAAUAUGGCAAUACCCUGUUCUUUUUUCUUGGUGAACAUAUGGAGUUAGGUUAGUACGC